GACGUGUUUCUGGAUGCUGGAUCCGGCGUGGGAAAUGUUCUCGCCCAAAUCGCUCUGCAAACGCAAGCAUUUCGUGUGGUUGGUAUUGAGAUCCAACGUGACCUGGCCGCUAGAGGUAUGGAGCUGAUUGCGUCUAGGGCAUCGCGCUUUCCUCAUCUACGUCUGGUGGCGCUGACAACACGAGUAUGUCGU